ACAAGCUGCCCACUGGCCAGAGACUACAGGGUUCUGGUCAACAUGUCGGGGAGGCCAGAAAAGUCCAGGACUUCAGCAGCACACAAGAAACCAGCAUGUUUGUGAAGGCUCAGCAAGGAGCCUGGAUCCACUGGAUGGUUCUCAGGGCUGGGAGCAGCUCAAUCAACCCAAUACCACCUGCUGCAAAGGGGAGGAUGGGAAUGGUGUGUCUGACAGCACCCCGGCUACCUUCCCCUUGCACCAGCAAUUCCACUGCUGGGAACCACAUCCAGACCAGAGUCAUGCAUGACUUUCUGCUGUACCAGGAUGGACCCUGGCACCCAGAGGCAGAGGCAGUGAAGACAGGGACACCAACAGAGAUGAUCACACUGUCACCAGAGCAGACCCUGGUGCUUCUGCCAGCACCUGAUUAGCCAGCAUGGAUGGAGUAUUCAGGGGCAUCCUGGGCCCAUAUAUGGAGGAACUGUCUGGGGAUGAGCCUGGGAGGCAGUUCACAGGGGAAGCAGCAGCUCAACAAGACCCAGAGCUGUAGGUGGAGCUGGAGCCAUGACCCCUCUGACACCACGUGGAGUCAAAGCUGGAUUCCAACACAGAAGAAAAUGAAACCAACAGCUGGUGUCAACUGUUCCUAGAAACUCCAGUCCGCAUAUGGGGGAUCUACAGCAAUGGCAGCAGGCAGCAACUACACCAACCGCAUCACAGCUGCCAUGACUGGCCCCCUCCAAGAGUUGCCUCGGAAACUGCAGCAAAAAUGUCAACCAGCAUCCUGUAGCUGCGCUGCCUGGCUCCUGCAAUAGCAGUGAAGCCUCAAGCAUGGAUCCGGUGCUGGAUCCAGGGAGCAGGGAGCCUGCAGGCCUGAAAGGGCUCAGCGGAUGAGUUGGCAGCGUAAGAGCACUAUUAAACAAGUGCUGCAGGAUGAACAGAGAAAAUGUCCCACAAUGCACCAUGACCCAAGCCCUGGAGCGGUUACAGCUAGCAAGGAGGCCCCUGGGAUAUGCCACAGAAGCCACAUUGUUAGAGAUGUGUGAGCCCAUCACCAGCAUGGAUGCACUGGCCCUGAUAUAGGGGCAGCCCUUCAUACGUACGGGGUGAGACAGAGGAGACAUGGCCCAAUCAGAUAGCGCAAGGGAGGGCUCCAGGCCAGUCACUGGAUCAUUGGUCCCUCGGAAGGACUCCCCUGGCACAGACAUCUUCCGCAAUGACGAUGGAGACUGCAUCGUCCGUUCUGACCUGGGCUGCUACCUGCAGACAGAGCUUCUUGAGAACGGGUGCAACAUCAGGAUCCGGAGACUGCACCCUGUGUGCCUAGGCGGGGAUCACUACGUGGGCUGCGUGGGGGAGCCCAAUAUCUACAUCAUCAAGGGCAGCUCCUACCGGGUGGUGCAGGACCUGAGCACAGAUAAGGGAGCUCGGGUCUUCGAGCUGCAUCCCAAGUGCCGUGAUGGGGACCACUACGGGAAGAUUUAUGGGACCUUCUUCAUCAUUUUCCAAAACCAGGGUAUCAUCUGCAGCGUGACUGAUUUGAGGACAGCUGAACAUGAAAUUAUCUUUCUCCUGCCCCCUGAACACCACAAUGGGCUCUACUACUUCGGGAUUGGUAAAUUCCUAACCCUGAUCAAGAUGGAUGAGAAGUGGGGGGCUCAGUUCUUCCUGUACCUGGGCCUGAGAUUUGAGAAGCUGGAAUCCUUCUACUCCAUCCACCCAGACGUGCUGAAUUUCUUCCCUGGGGGCUUGACCCUCACCAAGGGCGUCUCAAUCAGUGGCUGGAAGUGCAUCAAGACCCUGCACAAUGACUCCGACUCCCCCAUCACCUGGUCCGACAAAGUCAUCCUCAAGGUGGGCUAUGCCAAGCAGAAGAUGUCCACCAUUGAGCACAACUGGAGCCUCUCCGCUGGGAUGUCCCUCAAGGCCGGAGAGCUCACCAAGCUCAUCACCCGGUUCCAGUUCUCCUUCAAGGCUGAGUAUGGAGGGAGAAGCAUCCACACAGAACAGGAGGACUGGAAUGAAGCCGAAGAAGAAGAGGAGUCAGUUCAGGUGACCCUGGAGCCCAAAAAGAACCUGUACCUCUGGCAGUACCAGCUCGGCAUAGGCCAGGAGCCCGUCUUGUUCUGCAGAGACAUUCAGUUCACCAAAGAAAACAACCCACCCGACCGCAUCCCUCUGCCUCUAGUCCCCUAAGAUCCCAUGAGGAUGAAGAAUGCAGCACCAUGAUGCUAUUCUGGAUAUGUGCAGGUGAGCUUCUUUCUUCUGUUAUUGCCCCUUCAGAUCUUUCCCUGAGCUGCCCAAAAUUUCUCCCAUCCUAUCCCAACUGUUUCUUCUCCUAGUUUUCCUCCUUUUCCCAGCUCUACCCAAAUCUUGUUUGCAAUGGUUUCAUUAAACGUCCUUUCCUUCCUCUUGUUAUUAUUACAGUUGGGCAGAAAAUGGUGUUCGAUGUUCUUGUGGAAAAUUCAGACUUCCUAUUGAAAAACAAAAAAAUUGCUGAAACCCCACAAAACUGGGGAGAAAAGCGCUGACAACUGAAAACAUUUGCAAAAAUGUGCCAAAACAAACACAAAUUUGCUGAAAACUGAAAAUAUUUUUACUUGCAGCCAAGCAUUUUCAGGUUUUCUGACCCAAAAAUGACCGUUUUUGACAGAAACCAACACUUGCUGUGAAUUUUUUUUUAAAAAAGAACAACCAAUUUCCCCUCAAAACUCACGUUUCAACCAGCUUUCAUCAUGACAAUACACACCCUGUCCAGACUUCUCUCCCCACCACUUCUGCUUUUUCCAUUCUCCUUCAUCCACCUCCUUCACAGCCUUCCCCAAACCUCCUGCCAAAUAAUGUCAGUGAUUGAAUGGCAUGUUCCCUCUCCAAUUGUUACUGUUAGUCACAGCCUAGAAUUUGCGUUGGGCUCCCUCACAGUCAAGAGUCCAGUGGAAACCAGAGGAAUCACUGAAGUGUUGUAAGUGAGAAUGGGGGUCAAUCCUAUGGAUUUGCCAUGGUGCCAGAGUAGAUCUGAAAGCUGAAAUCUAGCGUAUUGCAUUUGCUGUCCAUGUCUGAAUGAAAUUUUAUUAGGAUAACCCCAUAUUCUUGAGUCCAGGGAGCACUGGCAUUCUCAGUUUAAUGCUAAGCUCUUGUGAGGUCUACUUCUACCCUUCACAGUACUGCUGCAGUCAACAUAGGAUAUAAUCAUCAGUUUUACAGAUCAAAUGUCCUAGAGAUGUACAGAAAUCAAACUACACUCCAUGGCCAUAGAUAGACCAGUGCUGGGGCCCAGGACUUAUACCAUAGACCAAUCACUUAGUCGGCUUAAUCGCUUCACAUCUGCAGGAGCCAGUAGCUGGGUCGGAGGGAGCUCUUCCCAACAUAGCACUGUCUGCACAGGGGUUAAGUUCAUUAUAACGACAUUGUUCAGGGGUGUGGAUUUUUUUCACACCCCUGAGUGAUGUAGUUACAACAAAGUAAGUGUAUAGUGUAGACCAAACCUUCUUUAUAAUCAUCAGUUCUUCAGUCUCUCCAAUACAUUUGUCACACUUUAAAUAAUUGACUGAACCACUUUGUCUGGAGGCAUCCUACUAACCUGGUCCCUGCUUGUUCUAGUGUGGGGUUUGAAAGGGACGAGUUCAAACUACCAAAAGCACUUGUUUAAAGUUAUUGUGGGAGGUUCUCUGAAGCCAUUGACUUGGGCUGAGGAUGGAGAAACAUGCUAAUGGCAUUGUGUAGUUAAAAUCCAGGAUACAGUUCCUCAAUGAUGCGCUACGAAGAGAGCAGACACAGCAGGGAACUUUCAGAUACUGAGAUUAAAGAAACAACAAGUGAUACAACCUCCAAAAGGAAGUCUCACCACUUCUUCUCAGCAUGGUAAGCCUGGCACAAGAGAUCGUGAGACACACUGUCUGUCCAAGUGUCUGGCAGUACUUCUGGGUUUGUCAUCUUCAUUGGUGGCUUCAGCAAAACUCUGAGGUCCACCGCAAUGACCCCAGUUUACACAUGCUGAGCUGGGGUUUAUUUGAGGAUGACAAUCUUAUUUUCUAUUAGACACUUGCUGCAGCUCUCGGAUUUCUGGUUGGAUCUCUGGAUUUCUGCAGCUCUCAGAUUUCUCUGCUGCUUUCAUUAUUAUUCAGUAGAUGCUCAUCCACAUUUUCUGUCAUGCUUUGCUUAUCUGAGGCUCUUGGUUUUAUUCAUUUUUAACCCUGCUUUCCUGUUUUAAAACAGACUCUUAAUUGGGUCCCUCCCUGCUUAAAGCAAUUUCUUUUAAUGUUUCAAAGUCACACAUAUGUCGGAUGCUUCUGCCUUUCAAUAUUCAUUUUCCUUCCUUUGCUAGACAGUCCCUAUCAUUUUCAGAAGGCAACAAUCAGGCUUGUAUAGUUCUUCGAAAUGUAGCAGACACAGGGCCAGCUUUUAAAAGAUAGUUAGGUGCCUGAAGGUGUGGGGUGGUGCCUAGUGGGAAUUUUAUGAAUGGCAGGUGUAUCUGUGAGUGAGAGCUUCGUGGGAUGAGGCUUGCGGUGGCCUCUUGGAAAUCAAUGGGACCAAAUCCGUGUCUUCAAAUCUGUGCUUACACCUUCCCUGUGCCCUCCUCCCAGCUUGCAAACCUGGCUCAUCCACUUCCCGUUCCCCAGCUUUUAUCCAAAUCUAGUUACCAAGGCAGAUGAUUUCAUGAUGUCUUCUCUCUCUUUUCUCUCAUUAUUACCUACAGCCUGAAUUGUGAUUUGGGAUCGUUUGGGAGUUAAAUCUGCUGCCAAAAUGCAAACAAAUUGUGAAGCCUAAAUAAAGAAUUGAUUUUUCAGCAUUCA